AUGGACCCACACCAAUCACCAGCUGAUAAUGCCACCUCGCCUACGAAGAGCGUAGAAGCAACCACUAAAAAUCUGUCCACGAAUAACACUGUGAACAACAACAGUAGCAGCCAUAACAAUAACCAUGAUAUACUGAAUUUUAAUGAUAACUAUACUACCAUUCUCCAACAUUUGGCGAACGACCAUCCUAAUAUACUGAAGGAAAAGAGCGGCUCGCAACACCACCAGCAGCAACAGCAACAACAGAACCUGGAUACACUUUUGCAUCAUUAUCAAAGUUUGCUUUCUAAAAGUGAUAAUGCAAUGGCCUUUGAAGACAAUGUUAGUAACAGCGCCGUUAAAAACGUCAAUAGCAACUCCAUUAAUAACAACAACAAUGACAUAUCAAGUCCAGGUAAUUUGACGGGCUCUUGUAAUCAAUGUAGAUUGAGGAAAACAAAAUGCAAUUAUUUCCCCGAUGUGGGUAAUUGUCUCGAAUGUGAAACCUCCAGAACUAAAUGUGUCUUUGGCGGCACUCCAAAUUAUUUGAAAAGAACAUCUUCUAAUGCAAACAAUAGCAUUCCCACUUCUUCAAAUGCCAAACGAAUGAAAAAUUUUGAAGACUAUUCAAAUCGCUUGCCCAGUAGCAUGCUUUAUAGACAUCAGCAGCAGCAGCAACAACAACAGCGUAUACAAUACCCUAGGUCUUCUUUUUUUGUGGGCCCAGCCUCAGUUUUCGAUUUGAACUUGACUAAGCAUGUAAGAUUGGAUAAUGUGGACCAAAUACAACUAUCGAAGACUCUAUCAUUAAGAAAGGUGUCGCCUACCGCACAGUUUAUUCUUCAGGAUGAUUUUGAUACGACUCUUCAUAGCAAACAAGAGUAUGAGGUUGAUUUGGUAGAAAAUUUGGUGCAUCCCCACGGGCAUCUUUUGGUAGAGAUUUUUUUCAAAUUAAUUCAUCCUUUUCUACCAAUUUUACACGAACGUGUCUUUUUGGAAAAGUAUUCUAGGUCUUAUAGGGAACUUACAGCACCUUUAUUGGCGUCUAUCUACUCGCUGGCAUUACAAUAUUGGGAUUUUCAUCCUGCUCUGUUAGGAUUCCCUAAACCGGAUGUCGCUGCUCAGUUAAAUAACAUUGCAUUGGAUACCUUUUACGCCCGAGUUGGAAGACCAAAACUAAGUAUCAUACAAACAGGUCUUUUGAUUUUGCAGUGUCGUAGUGAAUGUCGUAACAAUUGGGUUCUCUGUUCGAGUAUAGUCGCUCUUGCAGAGGAAUUGGGACUUGGCGUAGAAUGUAAUGACUGGAAACUUCCCAAGUGGGAAAAGGAUCUGAGGAAGAGACUAGCCUGGGCGGUUUGGUUGAUGGACAAAUGGUGUGCAUUGAAUGAGGGUAGGCAAUCUCAUUUAAUUUUAGGCAGAAACUGGAUGAUCAAGUUAUUAAAUUUUGAUGAUUUUCCUAUGAAUUCACCAACCAUACUAAACUCUUUGCAAAAUGACCAAUCAGGAUCUUCGCCCACUUCAUCAAGUGAUAUGAAAAGUCACCAAAUAGCCUUUGGUAACUUACCCAUAUUUAAUAUGAACCCAUCCUUAGAAGAUUUCAAGAAUGGGACGUUGAUGUUUCAACAAAUGGUCUCUUUGAGUAUAAUUCUCGGAGAAAUCAUGGACACAUUCUACACUCAGGGAUCCAUUACAAUAAACAAGAGUAUUGAGCAAGUUUUGAAACUGGCGAAGCCGUUACAACUGAAGUUAAGGGAAUGGUAUCAUUCCCUACCCAAGAAUUUAUCAAUGAGUUACGCCACACCACAAAAAUUAAAUCCAAACUCCACUCUAACUCUAGCUUAUUUUGCUACAGAAAUAACUCUGCAUAGGAAAAUUAUCUGUGCCUUAAAUCCUCAAACACCGAAGGAACUGGUCCAAGUAUGUAGGACUGCUGCAAGGACUAGGCUGGUAGCUGCGAUUGAGUUUAUAAGAGACUUAAAAAAUGAACACAUUAAUGCUUUUUGGUACAACUGUUCCACCGGAAAUCUAAUGCUGAUUGGGACAUUUGCGGCUCUACUAUAUGUAACUUCAGCGACAAAAGAAGAGGCUACAAUUUUCAGAGAUUACGUCAGAAAUUAUACGUGGGUUUUAAAAAUAGGGUCCAAAUAUUUUGAUAAACUAUCGAAUGCUUUGAACAAUAUGCAUUUACUAUUUGCACAAAUUCCUGGUCUUUUGACUGAUGAACCAGUCGGUGUGAGUCCUAACUCCAAUAUGAAUUCUGUUAAUCCACCAAGGUCAGGUGUGCAAUCGCAAAUUCCAAUACAAUUCAACGUGGGAUCACCUGCUAUGACAGAACAAGGAUCUCCAUUAAACCAAUGGAAAAACCUGCCCCAAGAGAUUCUGCAGCAACUAAACUCUUUCCCCAACGGUACAACGAGUACAACAACUCCAAUGAAUCCUACUCCGAGACAAACACAACUAGAUUCACAAGGAAGUCCGACCAUAAACAGUACUAGUAAUAACGGCAACAACAUGCCUCUACCGUUUAUGCCUAAUAAGCCUUCUAAAAAGACUACACAGUCUUCACCAAACGUUACACCUUCCCAUAUGAACAGGAACGUCCCGUCUAAUACAUCUUCACCAAGGGUUAAUCCUAGCACGAAUGUGAAUUCUAACACGCAAAUGAAUGCCUCUCCUUUGAGUUCUAUAAACGAAACCAGACAAGAAUCGGGCAUUACUACAAACGAAAAAACUGCGGAAAGGGAAAGGCCCACCAAUGAGGAGUCAUCAACGGAACUCAAAGAUGAUAACCUAAACCCAAAUGAGGAAGAAAGUACAGCUGAUGCCCAGACUACAAAAACGGAUGAAGUCAAUGAUAAAGAUGUAACAAUUAACACAAAGGAAACCCCUCUGUAG